UGGUACAGACUUGCUAAACAAUAUCAAGGCUAAAGUUCUGAAAAUGGAAGUAUCAGGGAAACUGCUGAUAUCACGACUGCUUUCUCUGCAUAAGAACGGGAAAUGGGGGAAAGACGACGUUAUAAAGUUGUUUAAAGCCCUUGUCAAGGAAUUUAAUGGAAAAAAAGACGAUUUUCACACAUGGAUGAUGAGAAUGCUUUAUCGAAUGGAGAUUCACAAAAUAAAAGUGUCAGAUUUGACUUUACAAAACGAUGAAAAGAUUGUGGAUCGUGUUGAGGACAAAAUUAACGAAACGGUCAACACUAAAGACAAAACGCUGGACGAGAUCAUAGAGGAAAUUGAAGAACAAGCAGUUAUUGAUGAACAAACUAUGGCAGAGGUGAAGGAUAUAGUGUCUUCUGUCUCUGAUUGUCUUUCAGCUUCUUCAGCACCGCAUCUAGGAGGAAUAAAGGAGAUUCUGUUUAAGCUCUGCAAAUCUGCAGAAAAGACAAUCGGAAAGAAACCUCGCCUGACUCAGAUGGUGAGCUGGUGCAUUCUAGUUCUUUCUAAAUCGAGUCGACUGGUUCAGGUCGGAACAGGAGAAGGAAAGUCGUGUAUCGUUGCAAUGUUUGCAGCAUAUCAGGCAUUGAUAAAAAACACCCCGGAUAUCAUCUCCAGUUCUCCUGUACUUGCUGAGAGAGAUGCUGAAGAAUGGUUUGCAUUUUAUAAGAGACUUGGAAUCUCUGUUGGCGUCAACACUAAUAAAUCAGAAGAUAAAGAGCUGAAGAAGUGCUAUGAAUCUCAAGUUGUUUAUGGUACCACUGAAAGUUUUGAGGGUGAUUUUCUGAGACAGCGCUUCCACAGAAGAGAUGUGAGACCUAACAGAAAGUUUCAGUGCGUUAUAGUGGAUGAGGUGGACUCGCUAAUGCUGGACAAAGGUCUUGAAGUGGUUUACUUGAAUAGUAAUAUGCCAAUCAUGGAAUCUCUCAAUGGAUUACUGGCUGAAAUUUGGUUAAUUGUACAUCAGCUGAAGCGUUUUGACAAUGGAGAGAUUUUAGGACCCACUCGGCUCUUCUCUCAGGUGCUGUCUGAAAUCAUUUGUGAAAAUGAAAAUAUUGAUCAACUCCGUAUUGAGCAGAAUUCUACAGAUGCAGCAAAAGAACUAGAUAAUGCAAGUGUCGCCCAAACUCAGGCAUUCCUCACCAUGUUUGUGGGGAAAUGUCCUGAGUAUUUCUUUCAACUUUACCAGGAAGGGCCUGAUGGGAAUUUGGAGAAACUAAAGGAGAUCAGUCACAAAGGCACAAGUAAGAAACAAGAAAUAUCAGUUUUUCUCCUUGGUGAUGGAAAAUGUCGUUUAGUGUACUCUGAGGAGGACACUCUCGUUAAUUCACUGGAAAAAUUAAUUAAAAGGUGUUUUCAGUUUGAAUCAAUGGGGGAACAGACUGAUUCUCAUAUCCCAGGCCUUCAAGAUCUCAUUAAUGGCAAAUUACAAACUUGGAUUGAAAAUGCUCUGCAAGCCACCAAAAUGACUCUGGGGCAUGAAUACGUCCUUCAUGGAGAUGGAGUCUCUCCUGUUGAUUAUCAAUGCACUGGUGUUGUACAAAACAACAUGAAAUGGGGGGAAGGACUUCAGCAGUUCCUGGAGAUGAAACACCAAACUAAACUGUCCAACAUGAGUCUAAUCACAAACUUCAUGUCUAAUGUGGGUUUAUUUAAGAAAUACCCAAACAAGAUCUAUGGGAUCACGGGAACUUUGGGUGAACAAACAGAGCUUGACAUGCUGAAGAAACUCUACGAUGGCAUUGAAACCUGUAAGAUUCCCUCCUUUAGACGAAGGAAACUUUAUGAGUUGGAGGGCUUGGUGAUAGCUGAAGAAAAAGAGUGGGUCAGUACCGUCUGUAAUGUUGUUAAACAUCAAGUGACCUCCACAGUUUAUCGAGGUCCACGAGCAGCUCUUAUAAUUUGCGAAACGAUCAAUCGUGCAAAAACAUUUUACAAGACUCUUGCUGGCACCAUUUCAAAAGAUAACCUAAAACUAUAUGUAAAUAACAACAUGAAUAACUCUACAAUAAUAAAUAAAACCAUCCAAAUGGGGGACGUCAUCAUUGCAACUAAUCUAGCAGGUCGAGGUACAGACCUGAAGGUUUGUGAACGUGUAAAUGAAGCUGGAGGACUAUUUGUGGUGCAAACCUUCUUACCUCUGAACGUCCGUGUUGAACAGCAAGCAUUUGGACGAACGGCUCGUCAAGGAAGUCCAGGAUCUGCUCAGCUCAUCAUGUGCACCAGUCAUUUCUCUGACGUAGUCAAACUAGUGAUGAGCCUCAACACAUCUCUUUAUAGUUUGCACAUCGAUCUAAACCGUAUUGCAACUAUGCUGAUGUCACGUCUUGCGAGUAUAUUGAUGCCGAGUGAAUGCACAGAGGUUUUAUUUGAGGAUGCAGUUAAUCGCUACCUGAAAAAUAUCAACUCUCAAACUCACGAUGCAAUGAUCUCCGCUCUCACAUGUCUAUUAAUGAAAUCAUUUCCAAGUAUGGAAAGCCAUCUUGAGAAGGCAAAAGCAGCCAGAAAUAUUCUGGUGAACAUCAGACUCUCAAGGUUUCUUGAAAAAGACAUUCCGAAAAUCACAAAUGAGGAAGAGCUUUUUUCUGUCUACCUUGAUGUUUUGGAUGGAAUUUACGAAGACGACGUUUUCUCAGAUCAGCGUGAUGUAAUAGUGCCGUCUCUUCAUGAGUGCUGGGGUUUGUGGCUCCUGAUGCACUCCAGUGAGGAAAAGCCCAUUGAGAUGAAGAAGGAACAGCUGAUGAGGGACUUGUUGAGAGCAAAGCAGACAUUUUUGACUAAACAGUCUCCAUCCUCCAUGGUCUACUAUUACAUUAGAUCUGGAAACAAUCUCCGUGAGAAGGGACGCCUUACCGAAAGCAUUGAGAUGUACACCAAAGCUUUGGAGGAUGGUACAUCUGGAGAGGUUAUUCCUCUCUAUAACCGUGCACUGGCCACUAUCAAAAGAAAAGACACUGGUUAUAUCACUCAAGCACUGGCUGAUCUGGAGAAGGCUGAAAAGAAAAUAGAUUUGUACACGUCACAUCUGCAGCAGAUCCUGACUUUUAUUAAAUUAUCGAGUCAGGAUCCAACAGAAAAAGGUAGCGAUUUACUCACCACUCAGUUCCAAGCAAAGUGUGUGAUCGUAGACCUACUGAAGAUAAACAUCCAAGACGCUGUGAAGAAGUUAAUGACAGCCGAAAGCAGAGGAAGAAAUGUAAGCCUGACUGAAAAACACACAAUUUUUCUUGCAGUAGACUUUAUUGUCUUUCCGCUGAGACUUAUGAAAGAGCUGCCAAUGGAAUUAAUGCAUAUUAAGUCAUUGGGUCUUGACACCAUUUUUACUUUGGACACCCUAUUUUCUUUAAGCGGCUUUUUGUCAAAGAUCUUAAAAUAGGUUUUGUACGCGCAAAAAUCAUGAAACUGUAUUUUAAAAAUCCAAC